AUGGAAGGCUCCGGCCCAGAUGUGCAUCCAGGGCGCACCUCGCCGCCACCAUCAGGCCCAUUUGGCUACAACUUCCUCGCUCCGAUGGACACUCCGUUUGAACAGGCUCCCGCUUUGCCCCCGGGUCCGUCACUUCUCGACGACAAUGAAUCCAACAUGCUCGAUAAUUUCUUCACCACCAUGAAUGCGAACAACCUGACAAAUGAUUUCUGGCUGCGAGGCCCGCCGACCAAAGCCCCGGGCCUAAACUUCGAUUGGUCUGAGGAGCUUCCGCCAACCUUUGAGGGUUCGACCACGUCCUUAUCGCAACCGUCGUUUCAAGCACAGAAUCUCAAAUCCGGACUGAUGGCUGGAAAUAACACUGGACCUGACAUCUAUGCGGCCGCCUCGAUGCUCUACCACCAGGUUGGUAUCAACCCCUCGGAUAUUGGAACCGCACUUGCCCAGCACGCUUUCGCAGCGCCGUCGCUCUCGAUGAAUGGCGUACAUGCUCGUCACAGCUCGCAACAUCUCUCUCCACCUCACGCGUCGGCUUCGUCGCCGUCGCGCGCGCGGAUUCCCACAGGGUUCCAUACCACCGAGAUGCUCUUUGAUGUGCGCGACCCCAUCCCGGAAGAUCAACACCCAUCCCGCAAAGUUCGUGGUCUACAUUGGGGUUCCGAUAACAGCUUCAUGGAUCAGGGCUAUGUGGCUCCACCGGACCAGCCCGAUAUGGAGACCCGCACGAGGGAACUGCUGGAUCAUCUUGAUUGUUUCGAACCUCAGAAUAGCGCCGUCAACACUCGGGCCCCUAGCCCCGACCGUAUGGCCGCCUCUCAAGCCCAACAUACUGCUUUCCGGCCUCCCGAUAUGGACGAUGGCUUGCAACCUCGAAAACGUCAGCGCACCAACAAGGAUGGAGAGCUGGCCUCAGAUGACGAAGAGUCGCCGAUGUUGUCUCGGAAGUCUCGAACCCCCACCAAUGCAAAGGUACGACGUACCUCGACAGAUUUAUCUCGGAAGGGACGAGUCACACCUAGCAGCAAAGCACCCCGGGAAAAUCUUUCAGAGGAGCAAAAGAGAACCAACCACAUUCUUUCCGAGCAAAAACGGCGGAAUCUCAUCCGCCAAGGCUUUGACGAUCUCUGCUCGUUGGUUCCCGGUCUCCGUGGUGGGGGCUUCAGCAAGAGUGCCAUGCUCACCCAAGCAGCCGACUGGCUGGAGGAUCUCCUUCAUGGAAAUGACUUUUUGCAGAGCCAACUGGCGGACAUGAAAAGCAUUAAUGGCCUCGUAAUGCCUCGAUAA